AUUCAUAUCCACCUUGUUUUUCCCGAAGUUUUUUUAAGUAUCAUCCAUAUAACUCUCAGACCAUGGAAUGUGGCAGCGUAAUCGAUUUAGGCCUAAGUCUUAGAACCAUACAACAUGAGCCUUACCACACAUCAGGCCAAAGUGUGGGAGGAUAUAGAGAAGUUACAGAUGACUUGAAGUCCAACCGUGGCGAGUUUCUGCAGAAGAGGCACGAAACCAGAAAUGGAAGAUGUGGUAAAGAAUGUGGGAGUAAUGAAGGAGGGAGAAAGAAGUGGGGUUAUGUAAAGGUCACAAUGGAUGGGUUUGUGGUAGGUCGUAAGGUCUGUGUUCUUGAUCAUGGAGGGCAUUCAACUCUUGCUCAUCAACUAGAGGACAUGUUUGGGAUGCAGAGUGUAACGGGAUUGAGGUUGUUCGAGAGAGAAUCAGAGUUCUCUUUGGUGUACAAAGACAAAGAAGGCACUUGGAGGAAUGCUGAGGAUGUUUCAUGGAAGGAGUUGGUAGAAAACGUGGAGCGGCUGAGAAUCACAAGAAGAAACGAUUUUCUACUUUUCUUUUAAGCUCAAAAACUUUGACGAUUCUCUCAUCUUCCUUCACUCUUUGUUCAAAUGUCCAUAUCAGCUCCUUUCUGGUUCUUGCUUUUUGAAUCUUGUCUUGCCAACCAAAAUAAAAGUUAAUGUCGAUCGAAGUAUAAAGUAUUAUUGUUUAACAAGUGUGUCUGAAAUCUGAAUAGUUACCAGACAUGGGAGCUUAACAAUGGCACCAAUGGAAAUCUCUUACACUUACAUUUUCAUUCAUACCAAUUGGUUUCAAGUCUACGACGUUUAUCUUACACGUAUGAGUGACAGGAGACUAACUAACAAAACAGGGGUUGUUUAGGAUGAUUUUUUAAAUUAUAUAACGUAGAACGUGAUAUCGAUAAUUUAAUUCAAGACUUUCCAAAUACAGAAGAUAUGCUUUACGUACAAAAUAAAAAAUAAUAAAGACAGUAAUGCAAUGCCUGCCUAAUAUUGGUUACAACAAGUCACCGAGUCAUCCAUCCAUAUCCAAUCCUCCCAAAACCCAUCACAAAACACAUUUUUAUUAUAACAAAGAUAUGUAAAUGAAACGUUUUUUUUUUAAAACAAUCCAACCUAACCUAACAAAAAGGAAGAUUAAUUUGGUUAUAUCCAGAAAAGUCCACGCCAGCAUCUAGUUGUAAAGCUUUGACCAAUAAAAGUACAGAUAAACAUGAUGAUGUUGACAGAGUGCGGAGUCUGUGCAUUGCCUGUACGCUGCGUCUCCACUCUAUAAAUAACAAACACAAUCAAAGACAUAAACACACAAUACAACGUAAUAAAACAUAAAAGCAUACAAACAAGAACUAAAACAAAGACAAACACAAACACAGAAACACAGUUUCAACCAAAAAAAAAAAAAA